AAUGAACAGCUCAUCCUUUUGCCAGCGCGCACAACAGCCGGAGUCACGGGCCUUCGAUUUUGGAGUUCCAGAUGAUCGAUCCUUGCCGCGUUAACGCCGUUCUUCUCCGGCACAAGAUCCUUUUUACAAAGCUUCUUGAUCAACUUUUUUAAAUUGCAGACUCCCCUCUAUCUUUUUCACCUGUCAGUAACAAGUCCCACCAGAUUCGAAGUCAAGAUGCCUCUCGAUUUCAGCUCAAAGAACCUCCCACUGCAAUUGUUUCUUAACAACGAGUACGUUGACUCGAAGAACAGCAAGAAACUUACACUCCACAAUCCAAAGGAUGAUUCGAUAGUUUGCGAUCAAGUCCCUCUGGGUGGAGAGGCUGACGUCGAUGCUGCGGUUGAGUAUGCCGAAAAGGCCUUUCCGGCAUGGAAGAAGCUUCCCAACAGCACGAGGAGAAACAUCAUGAACAAAUUCGCCGACUUGAUCGAAGAAAAUAGCGUUGCUCUGGCGGAGUUGACCAGGAUCACACUUGGGGCUCCAUACGAAGCAUUUGGAAAGUUCGAGAGUGGACUCUGCGCUGAAGCAUUCCGAUACAAUGCUGGCUGGAUCGACAAAUUCGCUGGCGAGUCAUGGCCUCAAGAAGAUGGUUUCCUUAAAAUUGUGCGGAAUGAGCCUCUUGGUGUCACCUGUGGUGUUGUUCCGUGGAACGGCCCUCUGGGCACAAUCGGCUUGAAGGCUGCUCCAGCUCUUGCUACAGGUAACUGCUUCAUCCUCAAGCCAUCGGAGAAGACCCCAUUCGCGUCACUCGCUCUUGGUCAGUUGAUCAAGGAGGCAGGCUUCCCUCCAGGCGUUUUCCAAGUCAUCAGUGGCGACGGCUCCACUGGAGCACUUCUAGCGAUGCACAUGAAGAUUCGCAAGAUCUCUUUCACCGGAUCGAUUGCGACUGGCAAGAAGAUUCAGGAAAUGGCCGCGAAGUCCAAUCUAAAGCGCGUCACUCUCGAGCUCGGAGGCAAGUCCCCAGCUGUUGUUUUUGACGACUGUGACCUCGAGAAGGCGGUGUUCUGGUGCGCAAAUGCUAUCACAGCAAACACUGGCCAAGUUUGCUUCGCCGCCAGCCGUGUAUAUGUACAGGAAGGCAUAUACGAGAAGUUCAUCCAGAAGUAUAAGGAGGCAAUGGAGCAGAAAAAAGCUCUUGUUGGAGAUCCAGAUAAGAAAGAGACAGCUAUUGGCCCCCUUGUCGACGAGGCACAGUUUAAGCGUGUCAGUGGCUUUAUUGAGCGUGGACAACAAGGCCAAGGCAAGCUUCUCGUUGGUGGCCAGAGAAUUGGCACGCAGGGAUGGUACAUCGAGCCAACAGUUUUCACUGACGUUGACCCUAACUCUGAAAUUCACACACAAGAGAUCUUUGGUCCAGUCUCCGUGGUUCGAUCUUUCAAGACCGAGGAAGAGAUUAUGGCCCUGUCAAACAAUACCAACUUUGGUCUGAUGGCUGGUGUGUUCACCCAGGAUAUCAACAAGGCACUUCGUGUUGCCUCUGAGUUCGACUCUGGUAUGGUUGGCGUCAACUGUGUGAGCUUGAUGAUGAUGGUCGCUCCAUUCGGCGGAAGCAAAGAAUCAGGUCUCGGACGUGAAUGUGGAAUACACGCCCUGAGAGCAUUUACUGAGCCAAAGACGAUUAUGAUCAAUCUCAACUAGGCAUUUGCGAAGGCAAUUCGAGAUGGAUUUAAUACAUCGAUGCAGAAACAGGAUCCUUUUCACGUACUAGAUGAGAAUUUAUGUAAAAUCAACAUACAGGCACUCAUGAGAUCCACAAAAAAAGGGUUGAUUUUGAUUGCUCAUUAAAUCGUAAGAUG